AUGCCUGAGUUGAGUCAAUUGAAAGUAUCUCCGGCCAACAUCCAUGCGGUAUCUCCGAAAGAUUUUGCUAAUAAUGAUAAAGUGAAAUUAUCCGGUCGUAUCCUAAAUGUACUGACAACUUUGCCUACUCAAAUUGUUAGCAACUAUGACUCCGAAACCAAUCGUUACUAUUGGGAUGUCGACAUUGUGCAUGGUACCCUGGCUUUAUUUUCAUCUCAAAGCUUUUUACAACAGCAUACCGAUUGGGAAACUCAUGUUAUUGCUUGGACAGGUGAGUUGAAAAACAAAGUGAAAAAUACUGUCAACGUUACAGCUGAUAAUUUGGAAGACGAUCCAUUGUAUCUUGAUGAUGAAGAUAAGGACGAAAUUGAAAAGAAGCUUCAAAAGGCGAUAGGGUCGAAAAAUAUCCAUCCAAUUUGGCUAUUAAGACGUGAUCAAGAAAGAUGGAGAAAAUAUGCCGAGAGUGUGAUUUGGCCAGUGUUUCAUUACUUUCUGGGAACUCCGUCGGAUGGAAAAGACGAAAUUCAAGCAUGGCACGAUUAUGUAAAAUUCAACGAGGCAUAUGCCAACAAGAUCAAACAAAUUUACAAACCCGGUGAUGUCAUUUGGAUUCAUGAUUACUAUUUGUUGUUGUUGCCUCAAUUGCUACGCAUGGAAUUCCCUGAUGCUUAUAUUGGACAUUUCUUGCAUGUUCCGUUCCCAUCUUCUGAAUAUUUCAGGUGUCUUUCCAAGAGAAGUCAAUUGCUAGAUGGUUUACUUGGUGCUGACAAGAUUGGUUUCCAAUCUGAAUCUUUUCAAAGACAUUUUGUGUCUUGUUGUGCAAGAGUUUUGGGAUGUGAAGUGACAAAAAACCAAAUUUUUGCUUAUGGAACUACAAUUUCGGUAGAGACAUUGCCUAUAGGUAUUGAUACGUUAAAAAUUGAGCUGGACGCUUUCUCGAAGUCAAGUGGUAUUGAUCAAAAAGUUGAAGCCAUUCGAAAUUUGUACAGGGAUAAAAAAAUUAUUGUUGGAAGAGAUAGAUUGGAUAGGGUGAGAGGGGUUGUUCAAAAACUUGAAGCGUUUCUGAUGUUUUUGGAAAUGUAUCCGGAAUGGAGAGAAAAAGUCGUGUUGAUUCAAGUUUCAACACCAGGGUACAGUCAUUCUGCAAAUGUAGAGCAAAAAGCCACCGAGUUGAUAAAUCAAAUCAACUCGCGAUACGGAACAUUGAAUCAUACGCCAGUAUUGCACUACCAAAUGAGAGUUCCAAAAGAGGAGUACUUGGCGUUAUUGAGAGUUGCUGAUUUAUGUUUGAUUACCUCGGUGAGAGAUGGAAUGAAUACAACUGCAUUUGAGUUUGUCAUUUGCCAAAAGUACAACAAUUCUCCAUUGAUUUUGUCUGAGUUUACAGGAACUGCAUCUGUAUUGAACUCAGCAAUCUUGGUUAAUCCGUGGGAUUCUGUUGGAGUGUCAAAAACCAUCAACGAUGCAUUAUCAUUCAGCGACCAUGAAAAGGAGGUUUUGGAAAGCACACUUUACAAGAAAGUCGCUUCCAAUACGAUUCAAAAUUGGACAUCAACGUUUAUUCGUGAUAUAAUUGACCACUCAAUAAUUACUCACUCCAGCCAUUACACACCGGCGUUGAAUAGACCACUUUUAUUGAGAAAUUACACUCACUCAAAAAGAAGGUUGUUUUUAUUUGAUUAUGAUGGAACUUUGACACCAAUUGUGAAGGAUCCUGCUGCGGCUAUUCCCUCAGACAAAUUGAACAGAGUAUUGGACAUAUUGGCCUCUGACCCCAAGAAUCAAAUUUGGAUCAUUUCUGGUCGAGAUCAGGCGUUUUUGGAGAAAUGGAUGGGUCGGAAACAUGUUGGGUUAUCGGCCGAGCAUGGCUGUUUUAUCAAAGAUUUAGGCUCCAAAGAGUGGGUCAAUUUAGCCGAAGCUUAUGAUAUGUCGUGGCAACCAAAAGUUGAAGAUGUGUUUAAGAAAUACACCAAGCAAACACCAGGAUCAAACAUUGAAAUCAAGAAAGUUGCGUUGACGUGGCAUUAUCGAGGAGCUGAUCCAGAAUUAGGAGCUUACCAAGCUCAAAAAUGCCUCGAUGAAUUGAACGACACCAUUGCCACUGAAUACGACGUUGAGGUUAUGUCUGGUAAGGCAAAUAUCGAAGUUAGACCCAAGUUUUUAAACAAGGGUGAAAUUGUGAAGAGACUCGUCACCCACCCACACGGAACCAAGCAAUCACUUGAAGAAGAGUUGAAUAAAGAAGUAUCUCAUGAAGAGUUGCCUGAUUUCGUGUUAUGUUUAGGCGAUGACUUGACAGAUGAGGAUAUGUUCAAGUCGUUGCACAAGAUUGAAAACCAAUGGAAAUUGGAUAAUGUUACCAAGAAUGAAUUUGGAACCUAUGGGGUGUUCCCUGUCGCAGUUGGGCCAGCAUCUAAAAAGACAGUAGCCACUGCACACUUGACUGAACCUGCACAAGUUCUUGAAACGUUGGGUUUGUUGGCGGGAACUGUGUCGUUAUUUGAGAGUGCUGGAUCUGUAGAUUUGGAUGAUAGAGGACAUGUUGCCAAUAGUAUUAGUUCAGUGAAGUCGAAGGAUGCUAUACGUGAAGCCUCUUUGAGGAAAAAGAGAAGUAUUGAACUAAAUGGAACCACGGCAGCAGCCAAGUGA